AUGAGUUUAGAUGAAAAAUAUGAUGCUGCAUUAGACCUUUUACGUCGUUUAGACCCAACGAAAGUCAAGACCAAUUUAACCAAUUUAAUAAAUUUGGAGCCUGAGUUAGCCGAAGAUUUAUUAUCAUCUGUAGAUAGUCAGUUAAUUGUAAAGAGAGACCCAGAUAGUUCAAGUAAAGAAUAUUUGUGCUGUGAUUAUAAUCGUGAUAUUGACUCCUAUAGGUCCCCAUGGUCAAACAAAUAUUUCCCUGAAUUAAAUGAGGAUGAUUCACAAGAAUCCCCCUUUCCUAACAGUCAACUAAGAAAACUGGAAGUUAUGUGCAACGAUUCGUUUGAGAUCUAUAAAGAUCUAUACUACGAAGGUGGGAUAUCAAGUGUUUAUUUAUGGAAUUUGGAAGAUGAGGACUCAGAGAGAGGCGAUUCUGAGACAGAUUUUGCUGGUGUUAUUCUUUUCAAGAAGGGCAACAUCGGUGAUUGGGACAGUAUCCAUGUAUUAGAAGUGACACGCUCCCCUGAUAAUAGCGGUAUCGAGGGAUCAGAAUACAAUUACAAAGUAACGACCACCAUUAUACUUCAUUUAGAGGAUAAAACCAAUAUCGAUAUAAAAUUGGCAGGCAAUUUAACAAAACAAACUGAAAAAAACUUCAUGGUAAAUGAUUUAACCGAUAAUUUAGAAUCUAUUCAUAUUGCACAUUUAACUAACAUUGGUACUAUGAUCGAAGAUAUUGAAUCACAGAUGAGAAAUUCUUUAGAGACUGUGUAUUUCGAGAAAACAAGAGAUAUUUUCCAACAAACAAGAAACCCAAAUUUAACUAAUCUGGAAUAUAAUAAAGAACAACAUGAACAACUAAUUAAAGGUUUACAAAAUUUUUGA